AUGGCUGGGAAGGAAGAUAAUCGAAUAUUUGUGGGAGGUUUAUCUUGGGACGUCACGGAGCGUCAACUCGAGCAUGCCUUUGCUCGUUACGGCAAAAUUCUCGAAUGCCAGAUUAUGAUGGAAAGGGAUACAGGCCGUCCCCGUGGAUUUGGGUUUAUCACAUUUACAGACCGUAGGGGAAUGGAGGAUGCAAUUAAGGAAAUGCAUGGACGGGAAAUUGGUGAUCGCAUCAUCUCUGUCAACAAGGCACAGCCUAAGAUUGGGGGUGAAGAUGUAGAUCAAGGUUAUAGAGGCAGCUAUUCAUCAGGUGGUAGGGGAAGCUAUGGUGCUGGAGAUAGGUUAGGGCAGGAUGACUGCUUCAAAUGUGGGCGUCCAGGACACUGGGCCCGAGAUUGUCCUUUGGCAGGAGGUGGUCGUGGUCGUGGUGGUAGUUCAUUUUCUUCACGUCCUAGGUUUGUAGCUGCUGGUGGACAUGGGGAUCGCCUUGCUGGUGAACGUGAUCGAUAUGUGGAUGAUCGUUACGAUGGAGGACGCUAUGGAGAUAGGGAUCGUUUUGACAAUCGUGACUACAAAUAUGGCAGCCGUGAUCGCUAUACCAGUGACAGGUAUCCAACCAGUGCUGAUCGAUUUGCAAGCGAUCGAUAUGGCGGUGGCUCAGAUCAUUACCCACAAAAUGGUUAUGGAAAGGAAAGAGGGUAUGACCGAUACGGUGGUCCACGAGGUGGUGCUGACAGGUAUGGAAGUGGAAUGGCAGGUCGAGAUGAAGGAAGGAGUUAUAGGGGCAGACCUGGUCCAUAUGACCGCCCAAGCAGGGGUUCUCGUCCAUCACUGGACCGUUACUGA